AGGUAUCACAUAUCAUGAAAGAACACGAACCGACUGGAAUGUAUUUGACGCUUUAUCAUGCUCAUAUAUCACUGUAAUGAAGUCAAUUGAUUCAGCAGUAUUGAUUUUAAACCAGAUAUUGAUAUCCUGCUGUCCAGUCUAUUUAUACGACAUAAAAUGUCCAGACUUGACAGAGAGAAGAUUAAGAGCAAAAGGUUUCUGUGGCAGUCAUACACUCGACCAUUAUGCUUGCUUGUACGAUGUAAAUGCAUUUAUACGUGUUGAAUCCUGUGAUGUCGAAGCAGAUUAUUCAUCUCCAGGUGAAAAAUACGUUAUAUCUGGUGCUCGAACUACCGUAGCAUGUUCUUUGGAUACAUACCAACCUUUUGCUUUGUGGGCUAAUAUCAGCAGUCGUUGUUUAUAUAAUAAAUCAAAGUGUAAUGAAGAUGGACAGAUACCAUCUUCCAAUGGUUCAGUAAUAGUUGAUAGGUCAUGCCAAUGUGAUUUCAAGAACGGGUUCCAUUUUGUUACCAAACCAAGAGACCCAUGUAAUUGCCUGCCGCUCGAAGAAGAUUGUUCAUGUUACUUUGAUCCAUUCAAUGACAUUUCCAUAGCAGAAUACUUAUGUACUACAGUUACAACAGACCAUAACGAUUCCCCGUUUUUAUCAAAUACGGAAAGUACAGUCAAGUACACAGAACUUGCAAUAUCUCAUAACAAACUAGAUAAAGGUAAACAAAAACUCAAUUAA